AUGCCGUUAGGGGAUCCCGUACCCCGUCCGUAUGGUACGGCUGUAGUACACCGUGGCUCAGCCCAGAUCCGGGAGACGACACGAGCCAUUAAUGCACUUUCCGGCCAUUCACUUCCCCAUCCACCCCAGUCGCAGACUAAACCAUCAUCCACCUGUCUAUACAGGAGGCUGUCCACGCGUACCUAUCGCAAGUCAAGUCCCUCUGUGGCAACCCAUAUCACGAUGGCAUCGACAUUUCAGAAUGAUGAUCCGGAUGUUUCCGGAAAGGACGACGGAGACAAGAAGUCCAAGAGCAGAAAACCAGCAAACACCGCAUUCCGUCAACAACGUCUUAAAGCAUGGCAACCAAUCCUUACGCCCCGAUCAGUCCUUCCGCUUUUCUUCGGCAUUGGCGCCAUUUUCGCGCCCCUAGGAGGUGUUCUGCUGUGGGCCAAUGAACAGGUUCAAGAACUCAUUAUCGAUUAUACGGACUGCGACACGCAGGCGCCCAUAUCGAGUCAAGCAGCUAUUCCGUCGGAUAAAGUGCAAACCACAUUCAAAUCUACAGCGCAAACUUCCCUUUAUACAUGGCAGCGCAAUGAGACGGAUUAUGCAACAAAUACUACAGGAUGUUCAUUGUUCUUCGACCUCCCCGACUCGCUAGGGCCUCCCGUUUAUCUCUACUAUAAGUUGACCGACUUCUAUCAGAACCACAGGAAGUAUGUGGCGUCGCUUGAUACAGACCAACUCGCGGGUAAAGUCGUCUCAAAUGCCACCAUUUCAGGGAGCACUUGUGAUCCCUUGACUACCGAUGCUGCAACCGGCAAAGCCUACUAUCCUUGCGGCCUAAUCGCGAAUUCGAUCUUCAACGAUACAAUCUCGAGCCCCGUGUUGGUCAAUGAGGGAGUUUACAACAUGACAGACAAAGGAAUCGCUUGGCCUAGUGAUAAACAAAUUAUCAAGGAUACACAAUAUGAAUACUGGCAGGUUGUCCCGCCACCAAACUGGCGGGUAAAGUAUCCGGAAUACACGGCAGAGAACUUCCCCAAACUUGGAGACGACGAAGCGUUUAUGGUUUGGAUGAGGACUGCCGGUCUUCCUACUUUCAGCAAGCUUGCUCGGAGAAACGAUACCACUGCCAUGGCAGCUGGCCAAUAUCGGUUAGAUAUUCAGAGCAGGUUCAAUGUUACCGAAUUUGGUGGAACAAAAUCGAUUUUGAUCUCGACUAGGACGGUUAUGGGUGGGAAGAACUCGUUCAUGGGUAUCGCCUACAUUGUUGUUGGCGGUAUCUGCAUCCUCAUAGGAGCUCUUUUCACAGCUGCAAAUCUGAUCAAACCAAGGAAACUCGGUGAUCACACUUACCUUACGUGGAAUAAUGAGCCUUCAACAGCUACUGCCACUGGACAUGACUAG